UGUUGUUGGGGAAGAGAAGCUCGGGCAGCUGCUGAGCUCUGCCACUUCCAACUGUUUGUUAACGGUCUUAACGAUCAGUAUUCAACCGGAUCGUAGUAUACAACCCGUGACCGGCUCCGUCGCCCUGGAUACCUGCCGGUUACUCUCAAGUUUCACUCGGUUCAGCGCGAGCCGCGGCCACCGUUGGCUGAGCGGACUGAAUGUGGAUUUAACUGUCGCUUCGCUCCACAGGCCGCGCCGCCAUUGCUGCUCUUUUUAUAAGUUGAAUUCGUGAAAAUACCGAGAAUCUUUACGGCUUCAAAAUGAAGAAAAAAGGUCGACACCACCGCACGCCGGUGCUGAAGAGGGACUCCUCCCCCAUCAAGCCGUCGCCAAACCGGGAGACGCUGACAUAUGCACAGGCUCAGCGAAUAGUGGAGCUGGAGGUGGAUGGCCGCGUGCACCGCCUCAGCAUCUACGACAAGCUGGACGUCAUCACGGAUGACGACCCCACAGCUCAGGAGAUUAUGGAGUGCAACAGCAACAAGGAGAACAACGAGAAGCCUCAGCAGGUCCUGGUGCGCUCUGUGCGCCUCAAAAACAACCGCCAAAAGAAGAACGCAGCGCUCACAGCUGCCCAAGGUGGCGUCGGAACCCAAGGAAGUGCAGGUGGUCUGUUGGAGCCUAAGGUUAGAACGGUUGAGUACAAUCUGCCAGUGGUGCCGAAGAGGCCGGCAGCGUAUUACAAAUACACAGAGAGGACAGCGGAGGAGCUGGACGAAGAGGUGGAGUAUGACAUGGAUGAGGAGGACUAUGCAUGGUUGGAGUUAAUCAAUGAAAAGCGAAAAAGCGAGGGCAUCAGUCAGGUGUCGCACAAUCUGUUCGAGUUCCUCAUGGAUCGUUUUGAGAAGGAGUCGUACUCGGCCACGCAGGGUCAGAGCGACCUGCAGUCAUUGGUGGAUGAAGAUGCUGUCUGCUGCAUCUGUAUGGACGGAGAUGGAGCCGACAGCAAUGUCAUCCUCUUCUGCGACUCCUGCAACAUUGCCGUACACCAAGAGUGCUACGGGGUGCCGUACAUCCCAGAGGGCCAGUGGCUGUGCCGCCACUGCCUGCAGUGCCCGUCGCGGCCUGCUGAGUGUGUCUUCUGUCCCAACCGAGGAGGAGCCCUGAAGAAGACUGACGACGACCGCUGGGGUCAUGUGGCGUGUGCUCUGUGGGUGCCUGAGGUUGGCUUCUCUGACACGGUUUUCAUUGAGCCCAUCGAUGGCGUCCGCAAUAUUCCACCAGCACGCUGGAAGCUCACCUGUUACCUGUGUAAAGAGAAGGGGAUUGGAGCAUGUAUCCAGUGCGACAAGAUCAACUGUUACACCGCCUUCCACGUCAGCUGCGCCCAAAAGGCCGGCCUCUACAUGAAGAUGGAGCCUGUGAAAGAGGUGACGGCGUCGGGCGCCACCACCUUCUCUGUGAAAAAGACCGCCUACUGUUGCAGCCACAUGCCUGAAGGCUGUGACCGCCGACCGCUUAACAUUUACAAGGAGCCACACCCGAAAAAUGGAGCCUGCCACAAGAGAGCCGAUAAGAGGGGGAAGGCCCGGGCCAAGGGCUGGCAGAAGAAGAAGAGCAAGAGAGCAGAGCCAGAGCCAGAACCAGAACCUGACACCCCCACCAGCUCUGGACCCAGUAUCACUGCCUCAAGUUUUGACUCCAUUCUGAACCAGGUGGCGGUUCAGAGGAAGCGUCAGUUCGUCGAGCGGGUGCUGAGCUACUGGGUGCAGAAGAGGCAGUCGAGGAACAACGUGCCGCUGAUCCGCCGGCUGCAGGCCAACCCCCAGCCGACUAAAGCCAAGCAGCUGAGCCGUGCGGAGACGAACCAGGCGCUGAAGGAGCAGCUGAAGGAGUGGCACCGCCUUCGCCACGACCUGGAGCGAGCUCGUCUGCUGCUCGAGCUCAUCAGGAAGAGAGAGAAGCUGAAGAGGGAGGAGAUGAAGCAGCAGCAGUCGGUGCUGGAGCUCCAGUUGACCCCCUUCAACAUCCUGCUCAGAGCCGUGCUCGGCCAGCUGCAGGAGAAGGACUCGUACCGCAUCUUCGCUCAGCCCGUCAGCAUCAAGGAGGUUCCUGACUACCUGGACCACAUCAAAAACCCCAUGGACUUCUCCACCAUGAGGAAACGCAUUGACGCCCACAACUACAAGAGCCUGGAUGAGUUUGAGGACGACUUCAACCUCAUCAUUGCUAACUGCAUGUUGUAUAACGCCAAGGACACGUUUUUCUACAAGGCAGCUCAGCGAAUGCAGGACCACGGAGGAGCCAUCCUCCGCAGGGCUCGCCGAGAAGCCAACAGAAUCGGCUUCGACUUCCCCGGCGGGUUGCAUCUGCCCGAAGCCCCGAAACCGGAGGCGACACCCGCGUUUUCCUGGGAGGAUGUGGAUCGUCUUCUGACCCCCGCCUACCGCCGGUUGACCCCUCUGGAGGAUCAGCUGAAGGAGCUGCUGGAGAAGCUGGACCUGAGCACAGCCAUGAAGCACAGCCCGUCUCGCAGCAAGAGGCUCAAACUGCUGAAGAAGACCAUCAUGGAGGUCCGCAGCGAAAUGAGCCUAAAGAAGUCCCUUCCAAGACCGUCACCCUCCACCCCGGAGCCUGACCCCACCCCUGCUGAGUCAGAGGAGAAACCACUAGCUGAACCCCCGGCAGAGCCCUGCUCGCCACAGGAGAAGUCUUUACCUCCACCAACGUUAGAGCUGUUAACAUCACUGUCGCAGCUCGACACCUCGCCCGGCGAGGAGCCGCCCGCCCUGAAGGCCAUCAAACCCAGCGUGGACCACACUCCCAUGGAGCUCGAUGGUGACAGUGACACAUCUACCUCAGUGCCCAUGGACACCCCCAAUGGACACAUCCCAGACCCACUGCUCCUCAAUGGCGACUUCCACACUGAAGCUUCUGGCACCUGCAACCGACGGACCAACACCCUUUUUCGCAAGUCCAAGAGCGCAAGUCCCCAAAAACCAACCAAGAACCAAGAGGCAUCCGCUGGGUCGCCACCGCCCCUGGGCGCCAAAACCUUCCUGUCAGUGGUGAUCCCUCGACUGGAGACGCUCCUCCUGCCCAAGAAAAGAAGACGCAGCAGCAGUGCCGAUGGCGAGGAGGAGGAGUCGCCAAUAAAACGCCUCGGCACAGGAAUGGCGAACGGUUUUGUGGUGGAGGAGGAGGAAGCAUCUCCCCGCCCGCCGGAGCCUCGGCGGCGCUGUGCCUCGGAGUCCAGCAUCUCCUCCAGCGGAAGCGUCCUCUGCAGCACGAGCACCGUCAUCAUGCCUAAAAGUGGAAAAGGGCGGCCGGCGGCGGCUCGACGGAGCACCGUGGAUGACAAAAGCACUCUGAGGACCUGCAUAGAGAACGGCGAGUUCACCAAAGCUGCCAAGAUCUCUUCAGAUCAUGGAGCCCAGAGCGCAGAGGAUGGCGUGUCAGCACAACGGGGUGGAGCUUCCCCAGCCGCCGCUGGACGUCCUCAGAGCCGGAGAGCGGAUGCAGUUCAGGUCCGCAGAGAAACUCUUCCUCGUCCACUUCUUCGACAGCAAGCGCAGCUGGCAAUGGCUUCCUAGAUCCAAGAUGGCUCCCUUCGGGAUCAACCAGACGCUCGACAAACUCAAGCUGAUGGAGGCUCGCUCCUCGUGCAUCAGAAAAGCCGUGCGGCUCGCUUUCGACCGAGCCAUGAAGCACCUGCACCGCGUCAACGGCGAGCU